CUACAAGUACUCAGUCACAUUUUUAUUUGACCUUCAGUGGGAGGGUACAGAGCCGAAUCAAGCAUGGCAGCCGGAGUUUUUACCAAAGGUUUGUGCGGGCUCCACCACCCCUGGCUUGUUGCAGCCGGAUAUUCCUGUAGUGGACCGCUCUGUGCGACUGCUGCGGCCGUCAAAACACUCCCCUUGCAAACUGAAAGCACAGAUGUCACUGACAAGAUCCUGAACCUUCCCCUUGAAAUGCCAGAUUUCUUCCGCUUGUCAGAACUGUUCUCCUUGAAAGAUCUAUUCGAUGCCAGAGUUCACCUCGGCCACAAGAAAGGCUGCAGACACAGGCUGAUGGAGCCCUACCUGUUCGGCAGUCGUCUGGACCAAGACAUCAUCGACCUAGACCAGACAGUGGAGCACCUCCAGAGCGCCCUAAACUUUACUGCCCACAUCGCCUACCGUGGCGGCGUCAUCCUCUUCAUCUCACGCCGCCGCCAGUUUGGUCACCUGGUGGAGAGCACGGCGCAAGACUGCGGAGAAUAUGCCCACACACGCUACUGGCAGGGCGGCCUGCUCACCAAUGCACCCAUCCAGUAUGGCCCGGGGGUUCGGCUGCCUGACCUCAUCGUCUUCUUCUCAACGCUCAACAACGUCUUCCAGCAGCACGUGGGGGUCCGCGAUGCGGCCAAGAUGAAUAUACCCACAGUGGGGCUGGUGGACUCUAACUGCAACCCCAGCCUGGUGACUUACCCGGUGCCUGGGAAUGACGACACACCAGCCGCUAUGGAGUUGUACUGCCGCCUGUUCAAGAUGACCAUCAACCGAGCCAAGGACAAGAGGAGACAGAUGGAGCUGCUGCAGGGUCAAUCAGCAGUGGGCCUCACACCAGGCUCCUUGUGAGUGGCAACAAGGGGGAAUGAAGGGCCCCUGUUUGAGUUAUUUGAAAAUGCAUUCUUCUUUACUCCCUUCCUUGAAGUAAUACCUGAUCUAAAGUAACAUGAUAGGUGAAAUCUUUAACUUUUGGCUAAGAGAGUAGUGAACAUGGACAAAGACAUUACUGCUAAAAUACUCUAUGAAGCAUCAUGUUUCAGCAACAGAUUUGGUGAAUUUGUACAGAAUUGUUGCUCUUUUUCUAGAUGUAUCUGGAGAAACUGGUGUACAAAAUGUGUAAUUCCAAUGUUUGUUCCAUCAUCAACUGAUCCGGGUUUGAUCAGCAUGUUUCUAUAUUAUUGCUAAAUCUCAGCUUGUUUUUCAUUGUCUGGUCAAAUUCAAUGAAAAAAUUGCAUUUCUGUAUCAAAUGACAUGAUUGCACUACACUCAUUCUAUUUAUCAAGUAAACUUUUUAUUUUCACUAAA